CACGGUCAGAGAGCAAGGCGAGAAGACGACGCAGGACGUUGAUGUGUCUCGUGAGGCGCUCCUGACGAGCCUGUAGAAUGCUCAAGUCCAGGAGAGAUGACACAACGUCAUCGCGAGUCGCCUCGUCCUUUUGGGUCCCACCCAGACAUCUCCUUUACUUCUCCCCGUCAGUUUGCUCACUUCAUCCGACAGCAGGACGUCACGCUCUACUCAGUGAACGUCAUGGAUCUUCUUCGCUACGAUCCACUCUGUCCCGAGGUUGAGCUCAUCUCAUUGGAGCCCGAUCCCCCUGACCCUUCCUCCAUCUUCGCGGCUCCCAUCUCUACAUCCACCCCGCAGCCUGCGGAUACCCCCUCGACAUCCCAGGUUCCUACGCCGUCCACUGCCAAGUCCACCCAUACGUCUCGUGCCGACGCAGACGUUGAGGAACUCAUGCGGCUCACGGCUGACUUAGAGCCCGUCAUUCGCGACCUGAUUCGGGAGUACCGCGACGUCUUCCCCCCGUAUUUCUCAUACAGCGGGAUUCCCCCGAUGUGCGGUGUCGAGCAUUCCAUCCAGCUCGUGCCUGACUAUCGUGUUCACCAUCAGGCACCAUACCGACUCUCGAUUCCAAAGGCGACGGAACUCGAGCAUCAGCUUGAGGAACUCCUUCGACUUGGUUUCAUUAAACCUAGUACCUCCCCUUGGGGUGCACCUAUCCUCUUUGCUCGCAAAGCGGACGGAACUCUCCGCCUCUGCAUCGAUUAUCACGGCCUUAACCGUUACACGGUUAAGAACAACUAUCACAUGCCCCGCGCGGAUGAGCUGUUUGGCCGUCUAGCAGGCAACCGCUUCUUCACGAAGAUCGAUCUUCGUAGCGGUUACCACCAGAUCCGCGUUGCCGCAGAGGACCAGCCGAAGACCGCCUUUCGGUCGCGCUUCGGCCACUACGAGUUCACGGUGAUGCCAUUCGGCCUCACCAAUGCACCCGCCACCUUCCAGACGGCGAUGAACGACAUCUUCAGCGGCAUCCUUGAAGAAUACGUUCUCGGAUACGCUAGGUAUUCCUACGUCCUUACCUCCACCCUCCUCCGGAAGAACCCGCCGUGGUUUUGGACACCCCUCUGCGAGGACGCCUUCCGCGCCCUCAAGAAGGCGGUGACUUGCGCGCCAGUUCUUCGCCUUCCCGAUUUUGAUCGUCCCUUUAUCGUCACCACCGAUGCGUCAGAUUUUGCAGUAGGAGCUGUCCUUUCUCAGGUGUCUCCCUCUCCUCCAGAUUCACCUUACCCCCAUGUUCCUCCUUUUCCCCCCCCUCCUGCUGACACUACUUCUCGACUGACGCCUAUCCUACCACCACUUCCCUCCACUGACAGUACUCCCAUUACUUACUCCCCGACCAUUGCGGAGGAUGGGACUGUCGAGGCUCGUGUUGGGGAUUGCCCGAUCGAUUUCUACUCCCGUCAGCUACUACCUGCCGAGAUAAACUACACUGCCGAUGAACGUGAGGUUCUCGCAGUAGUUUAUGCUACCCGGCAUUGGCGUCAUUAUCUUCACGGGGCGCCCUUCAUGGUGCGCACGGACAACUCAGUUGUCAAGGCUUUCCUCACGAAGCCUAAGCUUUCCCCUCGACAGGCACGCUGGUGGCGUGACUUAUCCGAGUUCAGUUUCACCACUCAACCCAUCAAGGGUGAAACGAACCGCGUCGCCGAUGCCUUGUCCCGCCGUCCUGAUCACAAUCAGGAACCAUCCAUCUUGCUGCCAUCUCCAUCACCAGUGUUGAUCAGUCGGUGAUCGACGCGUAUCGCACUCAGUACCGCCACUGCCCCGAUUAUCGCGUCAUCCACGCGACACUGCGGAGUGGCAAGACCGUU